AAAGUGGACUCGUCUGAAACAGAUGUCCGGAGCUCUUCCCUCACAUCUGACCAGAGAAAGUUUGAACUCUCGCUGUCUCAGGAAAGAUGCUGAUGUAGAGGAACAGACCGCAAGCUGAAACGUAUAUAUAAAAAAGUCAAGAGCAGAGAGACAAGAUGACGGCCAUCGAGAGUAAAGAAGAGAUCAGCGACACGGACAGUGGGAUUAUCCUGCACUCCGGUCCUGACAGCCCCACGUCCCCAGUGAAGGACCUCACCACCCACACCAGAGCCCUGAAGCUGAAGCACCAAUCUCUGGAGGAGCGUUUGGAGAUCUGCCUGCUGGAGCUCCGAAAACUCUGCAUCAGGGAGGCAGAGCUGACAGGCGUACUGCCCUCAGACUAUCCAAUGAUGCCAGAUGAGAAGCCACCACGUGUUCGGAGGAGAAUUGGUGCUUCAUUCAAGCUGGAUGAAGGUCUGAUCCAUCUAGAUAAACAGGACUCAGAGUUGCAAGCGCUUGAAACUGAGUUGGCCCUUCAGCGGCAGAUUUAUGAGGCAGCCCGCAAACUCUCGCUCGAGGAGAACCUCAGUAAGCCGCAGAAGAAGGGCCGGCUGCAGCAGUGCAAGAGGGAGGAGAAGAAAGUGAAGGAACUGCAGCAGGCCGUGUUCCAGCAUAGAAUCAAGAGUGAGUGCAACUCACCGAGCGUCAGCAGCCAGAACAAAGAUCUGUGCAUGUCUGAUGACAGCUCACUCUCCGAUGUGGUGGCUCUGGAUGAUGAUGUGGACACAUCCAGCCCCCUUUCACCUCCAGUGUUGGACGCUUCAUAUUCAGAUCCCCUUCAGCUGUCAGCCCAGACUGUGCAGACAUCGCACCAGUCCUCAAGCGAGCUCAGUGUGGAGCACGAGCCCGCUCCCAUCCAGAAUUCCCCUUGGAAGGAGUCCAGUCUGGACCAGCCUUACCAAAAGGCCACCAAACCUCAGUCCGCCUGCAGCAGCAGGUCCAGUAGCCCAGCAGCAGCCCAGGUGUCUGCAGAGAGCAUCAGGAUUCCUCUCACUCAGUUUGUCAAAAACUCUGCCCUGCGUCACAGCAGCUCCACCAGCGCCCCCUCCACCCCAGAGCUGUUCAUACGCCGGCAGUACUCCCAGUCCUUUAGACUUCCAAAAAGAAAGCCAUCUGACGUGGAGCGUUUCGGCUCAGAGAGCAAUCGAGGUCGAGCCAGGCUGCCCCAGCGACGCUGCGUGGCUGACUUCAUGGUGCGCUCUCCGGAGUACUCUCCCCUGCGUCCUUACCAGUCCGGCUCUGAGGACAGCAGCUCAGAGCACUCGUCAUCCUCUUGCAUUAGCUCUCCUGGCAGGGAGAAGCCGACUGAGAUCCCAAAGCUCUGCCCGCCGCCUUACGGAUUCCACUUUGGAGCACAGAAGACAGGAGUCUCCCAUUUCCCCAGUACGCACAAAGACACGAGCGCCAGCUAUGUUAAGGCAGCGGCGGAAGAUGGACCCCUCUCCCCGCAAGCUCCAGACAUGGGGAAGUGCUUCAUCUCUCCUGUGGCACGCAGCACUCAGCAAAGACAGUGGCAGGAGGGGACACCUUCACCGAGAAGCAUCUUAAAGCCCCCUCCGCCUUACACCAGGCUCGUACGGACACCCUCGCUGAAAGAGUACCCGAACCAUGCCGUGAGGCUGCUGCCCCGGGAGGUCGUAUCAGAGGAGCUGAAAUCCUGGCAUCAAAGGAAUCAGCUACAGAAGCUACGGCCGAGCUGCGUCGAACAGCAGAGCGUUACGAGCCCCACUUCACCUCACCUGCCUCUUUUUGCACAGGGUUCAGGUAACGUGAUUCUCCAGAGGGCUGUAGACGGGACUCCCCUUCAGUGGUUUGUAGCCGAGGAUGCUGAGAUUGUGAGCCAGGUGUAGCUGACGCGCCUAAAACCCCCUGCAGUAUGAUGCCUCAUUCCUUUAUUUAUUAAGUCUUUGGACUCUCUGUGAGAUUGUUUGUUGACAUAAUGCAGAAAACGUGGACCUGUUGGUAUCACUGGUUAAUUUAAUGUAAGGUGGUAUGCCAGUUUUAUUUAUUUGACACUGUUUGGUGAUAGAUCUGAGGUGAAAUGAAUCUGAUACAGUUUCAUAGCUUAUUUCAACAAAGACCAUAAACUUGCUGUUGUUUGAAGACCUUUUUUUGUGGCUGG